AUGCUCUCCGCGUUUACAGCUCGCCCGGUUAUCGAGCUCCGGCAGCGAGACAAGUCAAAGAUCGAGACUAUUCUAGCAUAUGGCGACCGUAUCCUCGUCGGGCUCAACAGUGGCGCUCUUCGCGUCUACAGGCUGAACGAUCCUUCCUCGCACCAACAAGGCGAAUCGCCAUCGGCCGUCGACCAGGGAGCCUCAAAUACAAGUCCCUCACAGAAUGGAGGUCCGCCAGUCUCACGGCCAUCGGGCAAACCGACUGACUUGCUGCGUGAAGUAGAGAAGUUCUCGACACGCGCCAUCGAUCAGCUUGCAAUCAUCAAGGAAGCCAACAUUAUCAUCUCCCUGUCGAAUUACUACGUGUCGCUGCAUGACUUGCAGAAUUACGACCAUAUAGAAACCCUCAGCCGGACGAAAAAUGCUUCGUGCUUUGCCGUGACAUCAAAUAUUAUCAAAGACAAAGACACGGGGAUUCCGGAAAUCAUCAGCCGGUUGGCAGUGGCGGUGAAGCGAAGGCUCUUGUUGUGGAAUUGGCAUGAAAGUGAGCUUAGCGGGGAUGUUGUGGAAAUUGUCCUCUCCGAAGCGAUUCGAUCCAUUACCUGGGCCAACGCGACAAAGCUAGUAUGUGGAAUGAAUAGCGGUUAUGUGGUGGUUGAUGUCGUUACUCGGGAAAUUGUCGAUAUUGUAAGCCCAGGUGCAGUUGGUAUUAACGGCCAGGGGAGUCGAUUCGGAGCCGUGAGUACAGCUGGUAUGGGCUACGUGGGCUUGGGAGGGUAUACCCCGAAGCCUCUGGCCACAAAACUUUCGGAAGGCCAGAUAUUACUGGCAAAGGAUGUUAAUACCAUGUUCGUCGAUGAUAGUGGCAAGCCGCUUGAAAAGCGACAAAUACCGUGGACAUCAACGCCGGAGACUAUUGGGUAUUCGUACCCGUACAUUUUGGCACUACAGCCUCCUGCCAAGGGCUCUUUGGAAGUUCGCAACCCAGAUACAUUAUCAUUGAUGCAGACCGUAUUCCUUCCUGGAGCUGCUCAACUUCAUUUCCCUCCCUCAACAGUCAGUUUAGCGCACGCAGGUAAGGGCUUCCAUAUCUCUAGCGAUCGAUGCGUGUGGAAAAUGGAUGCUACCGAUUACGAUUCCCAAGUUGCGGAACUCAUCCAGAGUGGUAAUUUCGACGAAGCGAUUAGUGUUCUGAACAUGCUGGAGGAUGCACUGCUCAAGAACAAAUUUGACACCUUGCGAGAGGUGAAAAUGCUCAAGGCGGAAAUGCUGUUUAAAAAGAGAAAGUUUCGCCAGGCAAUGGAUCUGAUGAAUGAGGACGACGUCCACGCACCCCCAGAAAGAGUUUUGCGGUUGUUUCCUCCCAAGAUAUCUGGGAACUUGUCACAAUGGGAAGAAAGUCAACAUGACGAUGAUGCAGAUGGGGAUGCAGCCAAGACCACUAAUGGCGAAAGACCAGGCAGUCGCGAGGGCACUGGGGAUUCUGCUGCGGCAGCAAAUGUUGGGGGCUUUGCAAAGUUAUUCUUGAGCGGCCAUAAGAAGGCUGCUGCAUCAGAUGCAGUGUCAGUUCCCUCUAAGAAGGACGGAGCUGAUGUGGAGGAUACACACAGCGUCAAGGAUGUACAUGGCACUGAAGACAAGCCUCUUGAGGGUAAGGACCUCAAGAAUGCUGUCUUGGAACUUAACAGCUACUUGGCUGGUACCCGAGCCAGGCUUCAACGAUACAUCGACCCAAUUACAGGAAAGUUAAAAGACCAGGAAGAUAAGAAACGGUCUAUUGAGGAAGCGGCGGAGCGAUUCCUGAGGACCACACAGACAGAAUCAGAAAAAAAACUGGAAGAGGAACUCCGGAAUACGUUCCGCUUGGUCGACACGACCCUUUUCAGAGCCUACAUGUUCUCACAACCUUCGUUGGCGGGCUCGCUGUUCCGAAUACCGAAUUUCUGCGACCCAGAGGUGGUGAACGAAGCAUUGCUGGAGCAUAAUAGAUAUACCGAACUGAUUGACUUCUUCUACGGCAAGAAACUGCACAAACAGGCUUUGGGUCUUCUCCAUAGAUUCGGGUCACCGAUGAAGUCUGAUGAAGCAGCACCGAGUUUGCAUGGGCCGGAUCGCACAAUUCAGUAUCUGAAAAACCUGCCACCCUCUGAGAUGGAUCUCAUUGUUGAACAUGCCGGGUGGGCACUUAAGAGCAACCCGACGUAUGGCAUGGAAAUCUUCACUGGAGAUACAGAAAAUGCGGAAACAUUACCUCGCGACAGAGUAAUGGUAUUUCUUCGAACUGUUGAUGCUCAGCUCGAGAGGCAGUAUCUAGAGCACAUCAUCAAUGAGUUGGACGACACAACGCACGACUUCCAUAACCGGUUGGUGGAGCUGUAUGUUAAGUCUCUUGGGGGGAUGAAGAGAGGUGAGGAAUGGGAUGAGACUAUGACCAAGUUUGUAGCAUUCCUUCGUGACUCUCGACAAGUAUACAGCCUGACAAAGGCGCUGGGAAUGAUACCCAAAGAUGAUCCGUCAUUUUAUGAGGCGCAGGCCGUUAUUCUGAGCAACAUGGGUCAGCACAGGAAAUCAUUGGAGAUAUAUGUGUUCAAGAUGAGAGACUAUGCAAAGGCAGAAGAGUAUUGCAACCGAGUGUAUAAGUCACAAGAUACGACACAAUCAUCCCCCCUCAACUCCAAGGAUAAUGCAUCGAUUGACACAGAUGACUCCACACAGUCGAUCUACCACAUACUAUUAUCUUUGUAUCUCAAGCCGCCGUCGCCGCACGCAGUGCAACUGGAGCCGGCUUUGGAUCUUCUAUCAAAACACGGUUCUCGAUUACCAGCCACAUCGACUCUAAGCCUGAUCCCCGAUGAUCUUCCUGUCAACUCCCUGGAAUCCUACUUCCGCGGGCGCAUACGGUCUGCGAACAGCCUUGUCAACGAGUCUCGGAUUGUUGCUGGCCUGCGAAAAGCUGAACAGAUUGCUAUUGCUGCACGCCUGAAUAUCGGCGACAGUGAAAUCAAUGGCCAGGGUGGGCGAAACCGGCAUGUUACCAUCACAGAUGAGCGUCACUGUUUCGUUUGCCACAAGAAACUGGGUGGAGGGAUGCGAUUCGGCGGAAGUGUCGUGGCCGUCUUGCCGGAUAAUACCGUGGUGCACUAUGGCUGUUUGAAUAGGGCGUUGGGUCAAAAAAAAGCCGAUGGUUGA